UUGUUUUUUCAGUUAAUGUCAUAUGAAAUAACAAAACCAAAACACUGGUGAAAAAGUACCAAUGACAUACUAAAGUCCCUGUAUGUAGGCUAUAUCACAACAUUUUUCGACGAAGAGAAUAUGCAUAAAACAAGCACUCAAAGGUGGUAUUUUGCUUUAUUAGGCAAAACCAGAACGACCUCCCUACACUACAUCUCCCAUACAUCACCGCGGUUUAAAUCCCCUCUUAGAGGGGUUUGUGGGUAUUGAAGGAGUGAGCAUUGAGCCUUUCCCCACCGUUGGCGAGGUUUUGUCCAAUAAAAACUACAGUUCCCAUAUACAUAUUUCAGUAUCCAAUGUUGACUGUUUGGCUCAUCCUUGACCGGAGUCGAGAUGGGUUUUCUGCUGCAUAUUGCAGACAGACACCGGGCUAAUGAAUGAUUAUUGCACCGGCGAAUGUGAAUUGUAUGAUGUGAGGACUCCUUCCUGUCAUCCUUGUUGGGACUGAGCAUGGCGCAGGAGGAGGACAAAUACAGCCUGGAGGCUAAAUUUGCUGCUGCAGUUAAAGUGAUCCGGAGUUUGCCUGAAGAUGGUCCUUUCCAACCAUCUGACGACAUGAUGCUGAUGUUCUACAGUUACUAUAAGCAGGCCACCUUGGGGCCGUGUGACAUCCCCAGACCAACUGGCUUCUGGGACUCAAGUGGAAAAGCUAAAUGGGAUGCAUGGAGCUCUUUAGGAAAUAUGACAAAGGAGGAAGCCAUGAGGAAUUAUGUUGAGGACAUCCAGCUGAUUUUGGAGACCAUCCCGAUCUCUGAUGAAGUGUCUGACCUGAUACAGAAGCUUGGCAACUUCUACGCUGAGGUAGAAGGAGAAGAGGCUGCAGAAAAUGAGGUGGACAGGAGGCCCUUCACAAGGCCUUUUGCAAAUCACACAGAUGAGCAGGUCAAGCCCUUUAAGAAACCAGCAAUGGAAGGCUACGGGGAUCUAUGGGAUGAUAUACAAAACCAUCAAGAAACAGACUAUGUUCAUGGCGUGAGUGUCAGUAGCGAGGAGGCAGAGGGAAGCAGAGAAAGUAGUGAGAUCGAGAGAAAAGAGGAAAGUAGUGAUUGGAAGCAAAGUGAGGAGGAGGAGAAUGGUGACGAAGAAGACAAUACAGAAGAUGAAGACAAAGAGAAGGAAGAAGGUACCAAGUGGAGGCCUGACCCGAGGAUGCUGAUAGUGGAGGGCAAAAGGUGGAGGUCUGACACCAGGGGGUCCAGCAGCAGCGUGGAGCCCAGCAUGUCCUCCUUUACCAACGGGACCCACAGCUCCCUCAACAGCGAGGUGGAGGAGGAGGAACUGGCCUGUUUCAUAGAGCCCAGUGCACAGAAUAACUUAUACAUGCACUUUAAUGGACACUUGAGUGAUCAUAAAGAUGCUGUUCCUGAGAAAAACUACCGAUCCACAGACUCGGAUAAUGAGGAAUUCUGUGACUCAAUGGAGCAUCUAGCCAUGGAAGAGGGGCUGUCGACAUCAAAAGUCCAGUCACAUGGAUCAGGAGCUGCCUCAGUGAGGCAAAAUGAUCUUUGGUUUGAGAGCAACACCACUCUGAAUGGAGGAGAGGAUCAAGUACUCAUAGAAGAUUCCUACCUUAAAGAAAAUAGUAGCAUAACCAAUCACAGCAGCUCCUUGUCAAGAAGAGAGAGAGGGUCUCAAUCGCCAAAGACCGCCUGCAGCUCUCAGUUGUGUGUCAGUGUCGACGCUGCCUGCUGUUGUGUGUCACAGCGCAGACAUCCUGACAGCACUUCCAGGGGAAACAUCAACGAGCAAAUAGCAACGGCUCUGCUUAGGCUGCAGCAUGAUAUGGCCAAUGUGCUGCACAGGCUGCAGAGUCUGGAGGUCCUCACUGUGUCACAGUCAAGAUCAUCUUCACCAAGGCAGGAGGAGUCCCUACCUGUAGCACGAAAGUUUCUGAGACCAACUUGGUGGCCUUUUGACCAUUCUCCAAUCACAGUGGCGUUGACCGCGCUCUGGCCUCUCAUUGCCCAUUGGCUUGUCCAGCUUUACCUACAGCGGAGGAGACGGAAAAUCACCUGAAUUGUUUGAAAACUGUUGGCAUCAAUCAGUGAAUCCUGGGUGAAUUAGCUGCACUUGUGUUUGACUCACAGAUGAAGCACCGCAGAGGAAACGGAAUGAGAAACUAGCAGAAACUGACUUCAAUGAGAGUUUUUAGGUGUUUUACAAAGGGGAGGUUUGUGUAAUAUUAAUAUAGGGACAUUUGAUUUGUUACAGUAAAUGUAGCAUUAGGUGGUGAUCUGCUUUUUGACAUGUCUCAGUUUGGAUCACUGGGAACUCAAUAUCACAUACAGUAACUGAGUCAACUUUUAAUAGUAAUAAAUUCAUGAUUAUACCAUAGCUGUGGACUUUAACUGGUGCAGAUUUUCUCUCAUUGUCAUUUACAAUUAUUGUAUUUGUUGUACAUUUAACUGUUUAUUUAAGGUUCUUUUUGUAUCGAAUGUUACUCAGUAUUUUUUCUGAGGACUAAGGACAUCAGCCCUUUAUAUUGUCUGACAUUUCUUUUUAGACCAAAAAGACAUUUAAGGUGACAAUAUGGUGACAUAUGUGUAUAUAUGUAUUUUAUAGCUUCAGUGCAAUAGUAUCAAAGAUGGCACUUUUGCAAAAGAAAAGUGUAGUACAGACAAUCCAUAUAUCUACAUAUGUAUAUUCAUUCUUCUUUAUUGUGAGUUGCACAGUAAACAUGGAAUGGAAGAAUGUUUUGUUUUAAGCAAGGGCGUAGCGCUUUAAAAUAUACAGUGUAAAGCAUCAGCAUAUAAUUAUAUGAUAUAUAAUUUGAUGUUGUUUAACAUGCAAUAAACACAUUCUUGGGACAAACA